AGAGCCCGCAUGAAAACAGCUAAGGCUAAAUAUUGUCUAAAUAUUGUCUUUCAUUGAUAUAUUAAAAAAAAACUUUCGUAAAAAAAUUUCUUUUUCCUAUUCCAACAGUAAGAUGCCAAACAAAAAGUACGAGACGAUUACAAACGAUGAAGACGAUACCACAGAUUCCUGUCAUCCGUCGAUGUCGGCCAAUUUUCUCUCUCUUCUUUCCUUCUGGUGGAUGAAUAGUGUCUUUAAAAUUGGAAGCAAGCGACCUUUAAAGCAAUCGGAUUUCCUGCCGCUUCAUGAGAAAGACAGGACACGUGACCUAACAGAGCGACUCCAGAAGGAAUGGAACGACCAUGUACAAGAAUGCAACAUGACUGAGGGAAAACAACCCAAACUUUGGAAAUGUGUUUUGAGAACGAUUUCCUGUAAAGAAAUUUUAUUCCUCAUCAGUUUUUGGCUCUUGGAAUCUAUCUGCCGUGUCUCGCAGCCACUCGUUCUUGGUUUUCUCCUCCGUUUGUUAAGCUGUCGCCAGAGAGAUCGGCCUCUUGCAAACGCAUUUUGUUUUCUCCUAUCACUGAGUGGACUGUCAACUGCCUUAACUCAUUACUCAGCUUACAGAUUCGAGUUGCUUGGUAUGAGGCUGAGUAGUGCCAUUAAAGGAAUUGUUUACCUCAAGAUUCCACUGAUCAGUCAGCAAAGCCUCCGAGAAACAACAACAGGCAAUGUUAUUCACCUCAUUUCGAAUGACGUGCAAAGAAUCGAGCUGGCCCCCAGAUGGAUAUUCACCGCCUUCAUGUCGAUAUUAGAGCUCGCAGCUGUGGUGUGCUUGUUGCUGUAUCUGAUUGGCUGGCAGCCUGUGACGGGAAUUCUCUUUCUACUGCUGUUACUUCCAUGCUUCGUGAUCAUCUCAGCUCUCUGCGCUCAGCUGCGCCAGGACACCGCUGUCGUAACAGACCGCCGUAUUUCACUGAUGAACGAGCUGGUGACUGGGAUUCGUGCUCUUAAGACGCAUGCGUGGGAAGACAACUACAGAGAAAAAGUUGAAGAAGUUAGAAGGAGUGAAAUUGGGAUUAUUCUAAAAAAGAGCGCCCUCUUGUCGGUCAUUGAAAGUUUUCUCUUCGUGGCAGGGACCGUGGCAACAUUCAUAGCGGUGUUCGCCCUCGUUUCCACCAAUCAUGUUCUCACACCUUCCACAGCCUUUAUGGUACUCGCUUUCAUGAACGUUCUCCGAAUUACGUUAUCCCUAAGGUUAGGUAACGCUAUUCCGCUAGCAUUUGAGUUGCUAGUCUCCCUCGAAAGGAUUGAAAGUUUUCUACUGUUAGAUAACAUGCCACUAGAUCCACUGGAAUACAACCAAAGUUGCAGUGGACGCGAGAGUAUUUCCAAACGUGCAAGUAUUCACGCGCCAGUGCUGGUGAGGGGACCAACAUCAAGGCGCGAAGACGUUGAGCAACUGGAUGUUCUUCCAGAGAAACACAAUGUUAACUUAUCAGUUUCAAGUCUCUCUUGCAAACUCUAUGAAUCGGGUGAAAAGUAUUUGCUUCAAGAAGUCAGUUUUGAGGCAUCUAAAAGCAGUCUUACAGUCAUCACUGGUCAGGUUGGCAGUGGAAAGUCGACACUUCUGGCGGCGAUCGCAGGUGAAGUAAUCCAGUCGAGCGGUAACAUAGUCUGCUCUGGAACAAUAGCUUACGUUUCCCAAACGGCUUGGGUUUUCUCUGGUACUCUUAGAGAAAACGUGUUAUUUGGUGAGCCGUACGAUGAGAAGAAAUACGCUGACGUUAUUGAGGCAUGCGCGCUGAACGAAGACGUUAACAGAUUUUCAAAUGGUGAUCUCUCAUUUGUUGGAGAACACGGUGUUGCCAUGAGCGGAGGUCAGCGGGCUCGUCUAAACCUGGCACGCGCAGUGUACGCAGAUGCAGAUGUGUAUCUAUUGGACGAUCCACUAAGCGCUGUAGAUGCCAAAGUCAGUGAACACAUAUUUGACCAAUGUGUUUGCAAACUGCUAAAAGAAAAGGUUAUAAUCUUGGCGACAUACGCAGAGAAGCACAUGAAAGCAGCAGACCAAGUUGUGGUUCUCCACAAAGGGUCCUUACUAGCCAAAGGCAGCUUCAAUGAACUGCAAGAUGACGAACUGAAGAUUCUUGAUUCCAUCAAAGAUUCCACAGAAACUUCCAACAAAAAAACGUCGAGUGGAAGGACAACAGAUGAAAAUGAGAUAGAUCACUCUGAUCCUAAACCAGUCAUUGAUACUUAUGAUGAGGAUCUGGAGAUCUCUGAAGAAGACAAGGCCACUGGUAGUAUUUCAUUUCGGCUGUAUUGGGAUUACUUCAGAGCUGGCCUACAUCCCGUCUUAAUGAUCUCCGUGGUUCUCCUUUUCCUAGGAACGCAAGGCUUAUCAUACAACAAGGUUAAAAUAUCAAUGCAUAGCUUUCUUUCUGUUCUUUCUCUUUUUCUUUACAGGAGUGAAAUUGGGAUUAUUCUAAAAAAGAGCGCCCUCUUGUCGAUCAUUGAAAGUUUUCUCUUCGUGGCAGGGACCGUGGCAACAUUCAUAGCGGUGUUCGCCCUCGUUUCCACCAAUCAUGUUCUCACACCUUCCACAGCCUUUAUGGUACUCGCUUUCAUGAACGUUCUCCGAAUUACGUUAUCCCUAAGGUUAGGUAACGCUAUUCCGCUAGCAUUUGAGUUGCUAGUCUCCCUCGAAAGGAUUGAAAGUUUUCUACUGUUAGAUAACAUGCCACUAGAUCCACUGGAAUACAACCAAAGUUGCAGUGGACGCGAGAGUAUUUCCAAACGUGCAAGUAUUCACGCGCCAGUGCUGGUGAGGGGACCAACAUCAAGGCGCGAAGACGUUGAGCAACUGGAUGUUCUUCCAGAGAAGCACAAUGUUAACUUAUCAGUUUCAAGUCUCUCUUGCAAACUCUAUGAAUCGGGUGAAAAGUAUUUGCUUCAAGAAGUCAGUUUUGAGGCAUCUAAAAGCAGUCUUACAGUCAUCACUGGUCAGGUUGGCAGUGGAAAGUCGACACUUCUGGCGGCGAUCGCAGGUGAAGUAAUCCAGUCGAGCGGUAACAUAGUCUGCUCUGGAACAAUAGCUUACGUUUCCCAAACGGCUUGGGUUUUCUCUGGUACUCUGAGAGAAAACGUGUUAUUUGGUGAGCCGUACGAUGAGAAGAAAUACGCUGACGUUAUUGAGGCAUGCGCGCUGAACGAAGACGUUAACAGAUUUUCAAAUGGUGAUCUCUCAUUUGUUGGAGAACACGGUGUUGCCAUGAGCGGAGGUCAGCGGGCUCGUCUAAACCUGGCACGCGCAGUGUACGCAGAUGCAGAUGUGUAUCUAUUGGACGAUCCACUAAGCGCUGUAGAUGCCAAAGUCAGUGAACACAUAUUUGACCAAUGUGUUUGCAAACUGCUAAAAGAAAAGGUUAUAAUCUUGGCGACAUACGCAGAGAAGCACAUGAAAGCAGCAGACCAAGUUGUGGUUCUCCACAAAGGGUCCUUACUAGCCAAAGGCAGCUUCAAUGAACUGCAAGAUGACGAACUGAAGAUUCUUGAUUCCAUCAAAGAUUCCACAGAAACUUCCAACAAAAAAACGUCGAGUGGAAGGACAACAGAUGAAAAUGAGAUAGAUCACUCUGAUCCUAAACCAGUCAUUGAUACUUAUGAUGAGGAUCUGGAGAUCUCUGAAGAAGACAAGGCCACUGGUAGUAUUUCAUUUCGGCUGUAUUGGGAUUACUUCAGAGCUGGCCUACAUCCCGUCUUAAUGAUCUCCGUGGUUCUCCUUUUCCUAGGAACGCAAGUUGUCAUGGUGUCCCCUGACGUAUGGCUCUCUCAUUUAUCCAAGAAGACCUUGAAAUACCAACAGCACACUUCAACCUUGAGCAUUUACGCAUGCCUCGUGUCAGCCGCCUUCGUUUUUGCUAUCAUCCGCGGCUAUGUUUUCUUCCGUGUUUGCCUCAGAUCUUCCGAAAAACUCCAUGACAAAAUGAUAACCUGUGCCUUACGAGCUCCAUUACUAUUUUUUGACACAAACCCCGCAGGGCGAAUAUUGAACAGAUUUUCCAAAGACAUCGGCUGCAUUGACGAGGUUCUGCCCAAAACCUUCCUCUUGGCCAUCCAGAUGAUUCUGUUCGUGUUUACAGCAGCACUAUUGCCCUCGUUUACCAACUACUGGCUGUGUCUCGUUUCCCUGCCCGUAUUCAUUAUCUUUCUUUAUGUGGCGUACUAUUACUUGAAGACCUCGCGGGAAUUGAAGAGAUUAGAGUCCAUCUGUCGUAGUCCUGUUUUCUCUCACUUUUCAGAGACCAUGGCUGGCCUGGACACCAUUCGAACACGGAAACGAGAAAGAGAUUUCAUAGAACAGUUAUACCGGCAUCAAGAUCUACACAAUCAGGCGUUUUCGAUGGUAGCAGCAACAAGUCGUUGGCUUGGAGUCAGAGCUGAUGUUCUGUGCUCAUUGUUUAUCACUUCAAUUGCAUUGGUCGCCGUUCUUGUUUGUGAGAAUCCAGCAUUAGCUGGACUCGCUCUUGCCUACGUCAUUGAAACUGCUAAUAUUUCCCAAUAUGCCGUGCGACAGUUUUCAGAGGUUGAGAACCUAAUGACGUCAGUCGAGCGAGUUUUGACGUACACAAACAUUGAACCAGAGCCAGGAUACAAUAUCAAAACGCUUCCACCAACCAACUGGCCCCAUGACGGUCACGUGAGUUUCAGAAAUGUUGUCUUGAGGUAUUACCCAGGUGGACCACAAGUGUUGAAAAAUCUAAGCUUUGAAAUUGAAGGAAAAACUAAACUUGGUAUCGUAGGCCGAACGGGAGAUGGAAAGUCGUCUAUUGUGGCAGCUCUUUUACGCAUGCCUGAAGCUGAAGGGGAGAUAUUCAUUGACGAUGUGUGUAUUAACAGAAUUCAGCUGCAGGAAUCGAGAAGAUGUAUUUCUGUUCUCAGCCAAUCGCCUGUUCUCUUCUGUGGAACUCUUAGAAAAAACCUGGAUCCUCUGGAGGAGCACAGAGACGAUGAGCUAUGGAACGUUCUUCAAGAAGUAAAAUUAAAUGGUUUAGUUGAAAACCUCGAGGGGAAACUUGAGUUCGAACUUUUAGAGAAAGGCGAAAACCUCAGUGUCGGUGAACGGCAGUUGAUCUGCUUGGCUCGCACCUUACUACAACAGAGUAAGAUUGUCAUCUUAGAUGAACCGACAGCACAUGUAGAUCCUAAUACUGAGAGAACAAUUUGGAGUACAGUGCACGACAAAAUGAAGAACUCCACUAUCAUCACUAUAGCUCAUCGGUUGAACACCGUCAAAGACUGCGACGUAAUCUUAGUGUUAAGAGAAGGCCAGGUAGCUGAGUUGGACAGCUUUAAAGUUCUUAUAAGCCGGGAAGGUGGUAUUUUUUACAACAUGGUCGCCUCUCAAAAUUUAUCCUUUAGCACAUAAUUUCUGUAGAGUCGAUAUAGCUUAGGCAGAAAUUAAAUAAUAAUCAGAACUUCAAAAUCAUUCAGGUUACUAUUUUCAAUUUCAAAACAGGAGAGAAAAGACAC